GCGCAAUAUUUAAAUGGAGCGGAUUUCAUCCUUUUUUUUACAUUUCAAGAUAACCACCAUGUUCUAGGUAAUAAAAGCAGUGUUUGAAGUCUCCACGUUUUUUAGUUGGCGUUGGUAGUAUCGCUGACUUAAGGUCUGCGUUUUCGUAGUUGGAACCAAAUAACUUGAUGAUUUCCACUUGUUUGUAUUCUUUAUGAAUAUCUGUUGGUUGUUUGCCACAAGCUUUUUAGUAAGAUUGUAUGAACUUUCAGGUGUCUUAUAAGUAAGUCAGUUGUUCUAACAAUCUGUAAAUUAAUUUACACAAAUGUGUCUACAGAUUUCGCUCCACAUAAUCGAUAUAAGGAGGGGGGAAUAGACACUUUUUCCUUGUCCGCGCCGUCACCCUCUUUUUCCAUUUGCUUGGGUUGUUUAGUGAGCCUCUUAGUUGUUACUAAUAGGUAUCGGUUUGCUUUAAAUGUAACAUUACUCAUUUCGGUAUAUUAUCAGCUACUAGUAUCUAUGUAGGAGUUAAUCAUCGCUUAGCAUAUGGUUGACUGGCGACUAUGAAACUAAAGCUUAGUUGUAUUUUUAGAGUAUGGUUUCGGGUUAGGCUUUCUCUUUCACUUCCUAAAAACAAAACCUCACCGAGUGUAUAUAGGACGUGGUUGGAUGUUUGACUGCGUUAGGAAGUACAAUAAAUACAUCGAUUAUCGGUGGACAUGAUUUGUCCUAUUUCAGGGUUUUAUCCCCGUAAUUUUUCAAAUCGAAUUGUUUUCAUUGUUCUCGGUUGAUAUUCGAUGAUUAAUCAUAGCCUGAUGUUAAAGCUAUCAGGGGAUGUCUUAAAAAUGGUUUCAUCCAUCCUAUCUUCCUUACGCUAAAUCUACUGUCAUCACAUAUUUUUCGCCGUAAGUCUCAUUUACUGCCCUUUAGUUGCAUUUUUGUAUUUGAAUUCCCAUUAUAAAUGAACCCAUUUCCCCUCCCCUUAUCAUACUGAUUUCAUGCCUCACUGCUGAUUAAAUGUAGGGACUUAAAUCGGCUCACAUAUGUCCCAGAUUCUACGUUGCAUAUAGGUGACCAAUUUCAAAAAACUUUUUAGAGGAGAAGUUAAAUCGUCGGUUGCCUACAGUUGUGUUACUUAAUUGUCUUUGAUGGAUAACCUGUUAAAUACAUUUAUCAAGUAAUAAAACUGUUAAUUCUACCGAGUAUUUUUUUUCUACCAUUUUAUUUUCAAGGCUACUCACUAGUAAGUGUGCGAUCAAUCGCAGGCCAAUGAAUAAUUGCAUCUCAAGUUUAUGUUAUUUGUUACAUGAAAUUUCACUGCAUGGUUUUCAUAAGUUAAUAUCCACUGAAGAAGUGGAUUUAUGAUACUUGAAAAGUAUGUGAUCAAUGGAGUGAAAAGAGUUACUGCCAUUAUGGUAAAAAAGAAAUGUGUGUCGUAAUCAAAAACCAUUAUUAGAAAUAACCUCUUCAGCGUUAAUAAUCGUAACAACUGAACCAUGCAAUAGAACCAUUGGAAGAAAUGGGUAAACCAAAUAAACCAUAAAGUUUGGCUAUGAUAAAAAGCAAAAGACCUACCAAACCGUUUCCGCAUGCUAAAUCGGGGUUUCAUGUUGUGAAUAGCUUAAGUUUCUCAGUUUGACGUAGGUUUAGGACAUAAACUGGCCUAUAAACUUGGAAUCGAUUAGUCAUAACAAAUAAAUAAACAUCUUUAGUAGGUUACGCGAAGAUUUGCUGAGUAAAUUGUUUUUUGAGUCGAUUUCGCCGAACGUUUAUCAAGUAUGUCAUGAGCCGUAUUUUUUAAAUGCAAGAUUUACACACAAUUAGAAUAAAAGCUCUUAACUCAAUAACACACCUACAAAACUUCAAACAGUCAUCGUGAAUCAUGCUUACUGGAAGAUCUAAUAAUGAGACUUGGUUGGUCCAUUGAAAUGUAUACAGUAACAUUUGUGUCUUUAACCUGGUGGUCGACGUUCGUGGUACCCCCAGGAUAUAGUACAAAAAUGACUAAACUAUCUGGUUGCCCAAACUAGAUGAUACGAUAGUACCUCUUGGUUGGUAAGUUGGAAUACUUAGUUAUAAAACUGUUGGUUUUAUCUAAAGAACUCCAUUUUUAAGGUCUUUCUUAAACUUUGAAAGUGUCCUAAAAUUGAAAGGUUCAUCGACUGAAGUGUUCUUCAUAAGCAAUCAAUGUUGAUGGGUGCACUCUUUCUCAGUACUAUAAGACAUUUGGAAGAGUCAUAUUCAAUGGAUGUAUUCAUAUUCUUAGGAUAAAAACUCUUUAUGAAUAUAUCACUUUUCAGAUGCGGUCAUAUUUCACUAUUUCUGAGUGAGCUGCAUCCACGAAAAUGCUGUUUGAACGUUGUAAUUGGAAGUCCAACGAACUUUGCUUAGACAUUUUAAUGUUUACGAUUCAGAUCCGUAUUUAUCUACUUUCAAAUAAUCACCUGUCUGUUGAGUUAUAUUUGUUUACGUUUUGUUAUCGUAAAGCUUUCCAACCCAGAUCAGCAGAUAUUUUUCGUUUUAUAUAAUUCUGUUCGUUUGAGUUGUUUUUUAAUUGGUCUACGUAAUAACAAGGUAAUAUGAUUCGUAAGGCACAUGCUUUAAUGUCGUCCUCAAACUUCGUGGUGAAUGAUCUUGACACCCCCAAGUGACUAUCCUUGUAGGAAAAAAAUUGAAAAGCCCCCAAAUUGUCUCUUGCAGUUCUCCACUGUUUAUGAGGAUAGAGGACUAACUUUCCUCACCUCUAACAAUUUUUGACCCUUAGUAUUUGGACAGUAUAUAAAUUUACUUAACAUUGGUCACCAAAUGAUCUACAUGGUGUAUAUGCAGUUUAGAUUGGAAAUUUACCUGAAUUUAUAGCCAUGAAUUAGUUUAGGGGGCAAAAAACAGGUUUGACACAUUUUUCUAGACAACACGCUUAUGGAAAGGAGUAUUGGGAGAGGUAUAAAAUUUCAUAAUGCUGUACGUAAUUCUUUCAAUAUUUAUCAUAAUGAAUCAGUAAUUCAUUAGAUAUGUUGAAUUCUGUGUUGUAGUAUCGUGGUAACAUGAAGAUAAUGAAUUGCUUAUAUUAUCAGUGGAAGUAUUUAUCACCAAAACAUACGAAAAUGUCUUGGUCAAGUUAUUUUCCUGUUAGUUUCAUGAACUAAAUGAAAUGGAUGUCUUUGUAUACCAAGUUGAACAUGGUGGUGAAUAGAUAUCUCGUUAAUAUUAUUAGCUGCUUAUUAUUAGUGUAUAGCGUUGGAAUUAUUUGAUAUUCUUGCAAUGACAGUGUCUUAAUUUCUUCGAGAGUUGAAGUUUCGAGUCGCGUUCUAUCUCAUUUUCUUCUGGAAUGCUGGAUAUUAUUAUCAACCUUUAAACAAAAAGUGCGAUCUGAAUCUCCUGGUAUUUGAAUCUGUAGUUGGUUGGUUAAUCACAUUGAUAACUAAUUUGAGGUGAAUUUUGAUAUACAAGUUAUAUGAAUAAAUGUAUGCCUCUUAAUAGAGAUCGCUGAAGUAAUGGGAUGAUUAGUCUUGAACAUAUCUUCAUUUUUUACCAUUUCUUUUUGUAAAUCUGAACUAGGAUUCUUUUGCUUGUGUCAUCUAUUUGUCCCGUAGUUUCAGUUCUUUGGCUCUAGCUCUCUAUUGCACAUUGUUAUUUUUAGUUAUUUUAUAAUAAUUCUGGGAAGUGUAGCAAUAUGAAUUAAUGCAAUCCACCCAUAGACUAUGUUAUUUCACUUGUUCGGUGUUGAUGAUUUAACUAUCUGUUAUUUAUAUUCUAAGUUUUGUUUCAGUAUUGUUCUACUAAUAUUGGCUUAUUAUUUCCGUUAUUCUAGUGCUUGCUAAAUAUUUGAAAAUCCAGUCACUUGUAGGCUUACAUGCCUAACAUAAUUAUCAUUUCGUUAUGACGUCUACAAGUAGUGAUAUUGUUCCAGUUGGCACAAUAAUCAAAGAAAGAUGGAGAGUUUACACUAAAAUUGGUGGCGGUGGUUUUGGUGAAAUCUAUGAAGCUGUUGAUAUGAUCAAUCAACAAAAAGUUGCUGUGAAAGUUGAAUCGGCACAACAACCGAAACAAGUAUUAAAAAUGGAAGUUGCUGUACUUAAACGAUUACAAGGACGUGCGCACACGUGUCGUUUUAUCGGUUGUGGUAGAAAUGAACAGUUUAAUUAUAUAGUAAUGAGUCUUCAAGGUAAAAAUCUAGCAGAUUUAAGACGAUCGACUCGUCGUGGAUGUUUUACUAUAAGUACAACUGUACGACUAGCUCGUCAAAUGCUUGUUGCUAUUGAAAAUGUCCAUAAUGUUGGAUUUCUUCAUAGAGAUAUAAAACCAUCAAAUUUUGCAUUAGGAACUGGGAUCGGACCUGGCGCUGUAAAUCCUAGACAAAUUGUGCUCCUUGACUUUGGGUUGGCUCGUCAGUAUACAACUGCAAACGGAGACAUUCGAGCUCCUAGACAGGUAGCUGGUUUUCGGGGUACUGUUAGGUACGCUUCUGUUAAUGCUCAUUCAAAUAAGGAACUUGGACGUCAUGAUGAUCUCUGGUCGUUAUAUUAUAUGCUUGGUGAAUUCAUAGUCGGUGAAUUACCUUGGCGGAAAAUCAAAGAUAAGGAGCAGGUUGGCUUGAUGAAACAAACGUUUGAUCAUAAUCAGUUAUUAAAGUUUAUGCCACGUGAAUUUAGACCAUUUCUUGAACAUAUUCAAAAUUUGACCUAUUUUGAUCGUCCAGACUACAUAUAUUUGCAUUCUUUGCUUAACGCUUAUAUGGAACGUCGUAGGAUAAAUGAAUCUGAUCCAUUUGAUUGGGAGAUAACAACUGAGCCUACGCCUGUUACUGGUGCUAAUGAGACUAAUCAGCACCAUACAACACAAACACCUAUAGCAACUCAACAAGCUGCUCAGGUCACUGUAGCUGGAGCACAGGGAACACUAGAUGUCUCCAAGCUCCGAAAGGGUAUUCCUUCUGGAGUGGAUCAAAAUCGGCUAAAUGUUGGUGCAGGCUCAAGUGGAUAUAUAAGUGGAACUAGAUUGGCCGGAAGUAGUUCAAACUUAGCUCUUGUAAGUCCAGUUGUAACCACUUCAGUGGCUAAUGUAGGGAAAUCUUUUGAUGCUAUCCCAUGUCAUGGUGGACCAAAUGGUAGUGCCUUAAAUUCAAGAUCAGUUGUAGUUUCACAUCAUCGUAAUAAUGUCGACGAAAUUUUGAGCAAUCACAAUUCUCAGCAGCAACAAGGUAACAAUACGCCGCGUAAAUCAUUUUCAAAUGCAUGUGCACGGUCGCAUCGACCUGCCACUACUCCACGUCUUGUUAAAGAAGCUGGAGCGGCGAGAGCUCGUGAAGCUGCCUCUAAAGAUGUUACCAAAGUAGAUCAUUUUUACUCUCCACAUUCUCAAGCUAAUCGUGUUUCUCCUUCAGCUAAAGUUGGUAAUACCGACUCAGUUUGUCAACCAACGGAUAGUUCUAUACCGAUUAGUUGUGGACAUCGUAAUAAUGAUCCAAACAGACUUCAACCUGGUAUAGGAACAACGAACAGCAAUUCAUCAAAUCGUCGACCUAUAAGUGCAGGUGCAGCUCAUCUUAGAAGUAGUGGAGGCACUAUAGGAAGUACAGCAAGUGUUGUUGGGGCUGGUUCAGGGACGCGAUGCGACACAAGUUGCACACAUGCUGUCAUUGUAAUGGUCGAUCAAGGAGAAAAUAGUAAUUAUCAUGAUAUGACAAAAGCUGUUCCCCUUACACUCGCUAGUCAUUGGAUUGCUGGUGGAGAAGAUGAAGAAGGUUCGGGCCUCUCUGAAAAUGAAGAUGCUGUCGUAAAAGUUAGAGGUCCAGCUUCUUCUGUUGCUAGUGCUUCUGGUGGGGUUGGAGACGAAUACGAUGCAUCGAAUCAUUUGAACAAAUUUAAUGGAACAAAUAAUCAAUUACCUGAAUGUAGGAGCGGAGAAGACAAUGAAGUAUUUCCCAGAAUGCAGUCAGAAAAUGGCAAUAAUGAUAAUAAUUACUUUUGUAAUUGUGACCCUAGUAUGUUAAAUUCUCAGCGAGUUUUUCAACCUUCUGGAGAUGUUAACAAGGAUGUUGGAUCUGGUUCUUAUCAAGAGCCAGGAUCAGAUGAAAAUAGUGGAGAGAGAUCUUCAGUGAAUGUACCUUAUAUUACACCUGGCAGACAAGUAUCUAUUUCUUCUCAACACACAUAUGGAGAGGUUGAAAGUGGUUCCUACCGACAUAAUAUCAAUUCUUUUGGAAAUCGAGGUGUUGCACGUAAGCUAUCCCAAGGAUUUCGUCGACAAAGAGCACUGCCUCAAUAUCUUACUUCAGAAUCAAAAUUACUUCCAAGUUAUGGUAUGCCUACAGCCAAAGAAAGUUGUUUAGUCAAUUCACCAACUCGUUUGAAAUCUUUUAAAAGUGAUAAUGAUAAUAAUUGGAUCACUCGAAGUGGUGGUGAUUUAACGCCUCAGUUUCCAAUUCCAUUCUCACGUUCCACAAGCCCAUACCAUCCUCAUGGCUUAGAAAUUGUUGAUGAAAAUGCUAGUAUACCAGUUUCUAAGCAUUCACCAUAUAUUACACAAGAAAUGGUUGAUCGCAGAGGUCGAAUCCAGUAUAAAGAUUUACAUGAUCAUGAUUAUCGUGAAUCAGGAAAUCUAAUUAAUGAGUUUCAUUUUGAUCCAAUUGUUAAUUUAAAUAAUAAUCAUAAUGAUAAUAACAAUGCUAACGCUAAUAAUAAUCACAAUUAUUCAAAUACAUGGAAGUUUAAUCAAAACAGUAAUUGUUUUCCUAAUCCACCACAUUUAAAUUCUUCUAAUUCCAUGUAUCAUCAUUUACAACCUGUCGAGAAUCAAUCAAAUCAUAUGAGUCGUUCAAUGAUAUUAUCACAAACAAGCAGCGCUGAGCCAUCAUCCACAUAUAAUCUCCUCAUGCAUCCAUUACGAAUAAAUAAUGAAAAUAAUGAGAUUAAUUUGAAACCACCAAAUUCAUCAUAUUUAACUGAUGGUCCUAUCUUUUAUAAAUCACCAUUUCAAUAUUCUUCAGCAUCGCCAUCUGUCACAAAACCAUUAACUACUACUAUAAUAUCACGUGAUUAUUUUCGCUCUCGUCCUGAUAUCUCUUCAGCAUCACGUCAAUAUUAUGUUUCACAACCAAAUAAUCAUUUCAAUACAACUACACGACGUCCGACAUUAUCGGUCGCACAAAAUAAUUCAUACUUAAAAGCACCAUUUUCUAAAUCUGAACAUAAUCUUUUACAUGCCGUGGAUAGCUUACCGGAAUUGGAAAAUAGACGAUUUCAGCCUACAGUUGAAGAUGAUAGUUACUUGAGUGAAUAUCCUACUAAUCCAAUUGUAUCUAAAUCUUUAGCUGAUACUAAUCCAUCUAUUGAAAUAAUAAAUAGAUUUUCAUAUCAAUCAAAUAUAUCAAAAUCAUCAAUUGAUCAUGUAUUUGAACGUUCAUCUAAACCGAAUUCAUUAUAUUUUAUCCGACCAACACAGCAUGCAAUUGAUAUGUAAUGUAGUUAUGAUGGAAAAGAAAAUAAAUAAACAAACAAACCAUCAAUUAUUUCUAUGAUUAUGAUUAACUUUGUGGUGUAUUAUAUAUGUGUGUACACUUAUUUCUUUUUUAUGAUUAUUAUUUUGAUUUGAAGAGUUCUUUUUGAAAAAAAAGAAACAUAAACGAAAGAAAAAAGCAAACUGUUUAUAUCACUGAUUAAUUCAUUAUUGAAAUAAUCAUAUCAUUCUUCGUAUAUAGUGAAUGAUGAUAUUGAACACUGAAGAAUCUUCCGUCUUGUUCGCUAUACUGUGAUUACUACCAGUACUACUACUACUACUAUGUAUAUUACAGUACUAUUUACACUUUUCACAAGGAUUAUAUAGCAUUGUGUUCAACUUUCUUGUUUCUAUCUUUAUAUUCACUUAUUUCUUUUAUAUAUUUAUGUGCACAUUUUACUACUUACUCUGUGCUAAUCAUCAUCAUCACCAUCUUCGCUGUAUUAUGUAUAUGUGUGUGGGUGUGUGUGUGUGACUAGCCCAUUGUAUACAAUUAGAAAAUUCUGAUUUUAUCUGUUACCCAUUUACGGUUGCUUACUGUUUUUUUCAAACCCUUGUUUAUAUAUUUUUCUAGGCAAAUAAAACUACUCAUAUAUGUUUGUUUUUUGUUUCUUUCUUUCUGUAGAAACGUUUAUUCUAUACAAUUUAGGCUGUGCACUACUUGCUGUACAUGUACAUCAAAAACAAACAAACAAAAUGUUUACAUAUAUAUACUACUUAUUUAGUCUUCUAUCUCUGUUCAUAAAAUAUCCUUUACAAUAUAUCUUUUCAUUAAUAUUUCUAUAUUCUGUUCAGUAUCUUUCUUUUCUGUCUCUUCUUUUAAAAACGAGAACAAGCACUAUACUACUACUAUUACUACUUAAAUCAAAUUUCACACAUUUAUUUCUCUUUUCAUUUGAUUUAAAUUUCUUGACCAUUUGUAUAAUAUUUAAGAAAAGAAGAAGAAAAAAGAGAACUCAGUAACUAAUAUCAUUUUUUACCAUGUGCAUAUCAUAUUUCAUUUCAUUUCUUUCUUUUUUUUUAAUUUUUUUAAUUUUGUUUAAUUAAAAUGUAACCCUAAUUAUCAUUUAACUUUGUCUAUAAAACCAUGUUAUUAUUGUUAAUGUGAAUAAU